GAAAAAAACAAAGGCAUUAACAUGUCUGAGUCUACGUAAGUAUUUCAUGUACUCAGCAACAGUUUCAUAAUUUGAUCUAUUUAUAUUUUAAAUACAUUCCAUAGUUAAAUAGUUGAUCUCAUUCUCUUGUAUGUGUGUGUCUGUAUGUGCAUAUGUGUGUAUCUUGUGUUGUAGUGUGAGAAAGUCAAAGAUUACUGCAUCUCGUCGGUUAUUCUUAAAGACCAAAAUACUGAAGAAGGCCAACACAUUGCUUGUGGAAGAAAAGGAACAGAAAAAGAUUGAGAGAGAAGGAACACUCAGUGAGAGAGUUCCUCCACUCAAACUGUCUGGACUAUCUGUACAGGACUUACAGAAUCUGUGCAAAGAAAUACAUCAUAAAAUUGAUGUUGUGGAUGAGGAACGAUAUGACGUUCAAGCUAAAAUUUUCAAAAGUGAAAAGGAGAUUGCAGAUCUGAGCCACAAAAUCUUUGACCUGAAGGGUAAAAUGAAGAGACCUGCCCUGAAGAGAGUGAGGGUGUCUGCUGAUGCCAUGCUUGGUGCCCUGCUAGGUGCCAAACACAAAGAAUCCAUUGACUUCAAGGCAAACCUUAAGACAGUGAAGAAAGAAGAGGAAAAGAAAGAGGAAGUAACUGACUGGCGUAAAAAUGUGGAUGCUAUGUCAGGAAUGGAGGGCAGGAAGAAGCUGUUUGCUGGACCAAAUGCUCAAUGAAUUUUAAGAUAGGGUCAUUUCAAAUAAUAAAAUCCCAUUUAAUUAGGCUAUUUAAUGCAGUUUAAAUAUACUAUUGUGUAACUACUACAUUUGACUGUGGUUAUGUGUUUGUUUUAUUGUAUGAGUUGGAUGAAUAAGAAAGAAAUUUAGUGCAGAUCUGCACUAUUGUUGUGCAUACCUCAGUUGAUAUCGUUACACAUUAUGUUGUUUAUGACACAUAUAAAACAGUAGUUUAUGAUAACAUAUGAUUAUUUUAUAAUUUCAUCCUGUCAUUAUAUAAUAAUUUUUAUAUCAUAAUAUUUAUGUGUAAUUAAUUGUGUGUAUUUUGACAAGAAAUAAAUCGACAUCUGUUU